GCUGGCUGGCAAUCCCAGCAGCUUGACCUGUGAGCCGCCAGCAUGGAUGACAUCUACAAGGCCGCGGUAGAGCAGCUGACAGAAGAACAGAAAAAUGAGUUCAAGGCCGCCUUUGACAUCUUCGUGCUGGGGGCUGAGGAUGGCUGCAUCAGCACCAAGGAGUUGGGCAAGGUGAUGAGGAUGCUGGGCCAGAACCCCACCCCUGAGGAGCUGCAGGAGAUGAUUGAUGAGGUGGACGAGGAUGGCAGCGGCACCGUGGACUUUGAUGAGUUCCUGGUCAUGAUGGUUCGGUGCAUGAAAGACGACAGCAAAGGGAAGUCUGAGGAGGAGCUGUCUGACCUCUUCCGCAUGUUUGACAAGAACACCGACGGCUACAUCGACCUGGAGGAGCUGAAGAUGAUGCUGCAGGCUACAGGCGAGACCAUCACCGAGGACGACAUUGAGGAGCUCAUGAAGGAUGGCGACAAGAACAACGACGGCCGCAUCGACUAUGACGAGUUCCUGGAGUUCAUGAAAGGCGUGGAGUAGAUGCUGACCCGACAGUGGCCUGUGCCCACUCCCCAGCCCCCUCCAGCUGGGCCCUGGGGUUGGGGUCGGGGGGGAGGCCAGGUCCCCAGGACCUCAGCCUGGGGGUGUCCUCAGUCCCUGGCCCUCCCUGUCCCCCUCUCCCAACCCUGACCUGGGGAAUGCAAAUAAAACCUUAC